GAAGAAAAAGUUAUAAGAUGUCAGUUAACUUCUAUCCUUACCGCCGAAACUCUUGUAGAUGGUGGACUGUUGACUAAUGAAAUGUCAACUUAUUACAUAUCAAUUAAAGAGUCUUGUCCAACUGAAAAUGAUCCACUUGCUUACAGCAUAUAUUUUGUUGAUACAGCGACUGGCGAAUUUAAUUUUGUGUCAUUUGUUGAUGACAUUGAUCGGACUCAAUUCGAAACUUUAAUCAUGCAAGUGAAACCAAAAGAAAUUGUAAAUGAAAAAGUUAGAAUGCUUAAUAAACGUUCACACUGUAUUAAUUGUCCCAUAUGGACUGGACUCAUACCCGAAAGAGAAUUUUGGGAUGCAAAUGCUACUUGGGAUGAUAUUAGGUGUUCUCAAUAUUUUUCCAAUAAACAAAAUUUAACUGGGAAAGAUGACGACGAUGAUAAGAUAAUGGAAAAUAGUAAUAAUAGAUAUGACCCAGAAAUUUGGCCUGAAGCCAUUAAAGCAGCUAAGAACAGGCCUUUGAUGUUGUCCACAUUAGGUGGUAGAACUAAUUUGGUAUUUACAUUUGUGUUUUACAUAAUGGAACUUAACAAUGAUGAAGACAAUACUAAUAUUAGUGAUUCUGCUCAAACUAAUAGUACAGUUGGUAUAGAAACAA